UUUGAUCAUAACCAACGUUUACAGAAACAUGAUUAGAGUGAUAAGAAAAUUGUAGUAUAAUAUAUAAAUGAAUUACAAAUUUGUAUAUAUAAAAAUUCAAUAAUUUCAGAAUUGAUAAUAAUAUAGCGAAGAAGUUUAGUUAAAAUCAUUUUUAUUUAAAUAAUGUGCUUACAAAAAUGAUUUCUAAGAUAAUAUGAAUCUGCUGUUGUAAUUAAGGCAAAACCAGUUCGCAAAGUAUUUAAAGCUCCAAUCAAAGUUAAUAAGAUACCACAAGAACUUUUAAAUGAUCCCUUAUUGAAUACAGCUAUUGCAGCAUUACCUAAUAAUUACAACUUUGAAAUACAUAAAUCUAUAUGGAGAAUCAGAGAAAUUAAAGCUAAUAGGGUCGUUUUGCAAAUGCCUGAAGGAUUAUUAAUGUAUGCAACAACUAUAGCUGAUAUUAUUGAAAAUUUUACAGAUGCAGAAACUAUUAUUAUGGGUGAUGUAACGUAUGGUGCAUGUUGCAUAGAUGAUUACACAGCUCGAGCAUUAGAUGCAGAUUUUAUGAUUCAUUAUGGGCACUCUUGUCUAAUUCCCAUUGAUCAAACUAUUGGAAUUAAAGUUCUAUAUGUAUUUGUUAAUAUAAGUAUUGACAUUGUACACUGUAUAGAAAGCAUUAAAGCUACUUUAUUAGUUAUUUCAAAAAUAUCACUCAUUAGUACAAUACAGUUUGUAGGAACGUUACAAGCUAUUGCAAUAGAAUUGAAAAAAAAUGGAUAUGAAGUUUCUAUACCGCAGAGUAAACCAUUGAGUCCAGGCGAAAUUUUAGGUUGCACUGCACCACAAAUACAUUGUGCAGAUGCUAUUGUUUAUAUAGGAGAUGGUAGAUUUCAUCUUGAAGCUGCUAUGAUUGCAAAUCCAAAUUUACGAGCAUUUAAAUACGAUCCUUAUGAAAAAAAGAUGACAGAAGAAUUCUAUGAUCACAAAGAAAUGCGCGAAACAAGACUCUUGGCGAUAAAUCUAACAAAGAAUGCUAAAAUAUUUGGAAUGAUACUUGGGACUUUAGGUCGGCAGGGACAUCCGAAAAUUGUGGAUCACUUACAAAAUAAGUUGAAAGCUUUAAGAAAGGAAAGCGUUAUUAUUUUACUUUCAGAAAUAUUCCCAGAUAAAAUUAAAUUAUUCAAAAAUGUAGAUAGUUUUAUACAGGUAUAUAAUUCAAAAGUUGCAUGUCCACGUCUCAGCAUCGAUUGGGGCAUUAAUUUCCAUAAACCUUUUCUUACACCUUAUGAAGGUGCAGUCGCGCUGAAGAUGGCUGAGUAUGAUAAAAAUCAAGCAUAUCCUAUGGAUUUUUACUCUGCAGCUAGUUUAGGCCCAUGGACUCCAAAUCAUAAGAAGUUUGAAUUAGAGAAACGUAUUAAUACGUGUUGUGGUAAAUGUAAAACUGGAGAAUAAGAAAUAAAAUAUUUUUUAAAGCUUGCAAA